AUGGACCUCAGGGUCGGUGAGCGGGGGAUGCGCCCUGGCUCUGACACGGCACUCCUCACACCCCUGCACCCUCCGUUGCUUCUCAGCCCAUUCUCCCCGCAGACCCGCACCUCCUUUUCCCAACAGCAGCUUCAACAGCACAUUCGGUUUAACAUGGAGCAGAGAAGACGUGAACAGGAACACCAUGAGAAGCAACAAGAAUUGCAGCAGCUCAAAAACAAAGACAAGAGUCAACAAAGUGCAGUGGCCAGUUCUCUGGUGAAACAGAAACUCCAGGAAGUCAUUUUGAAGAAGCAAAAGCAAGCGGCACUCGAAAGAACAAGCUCCAACACAUUGAGUCCUACAUCAGUAACAUACAGAAAACUGGGUCCUGAACCAAGCAUUUCCUCACAAACUCUGGUCUCAUCGCCCUCAAUGCCUUCACCUGAGGGUGCAGAAGGGACACGUCUGCGAAGGGCAGCAUCGGAGCCCAAUUUAAAAGUGAAGCACAAGCUGAAAAAACAUCUCAACACCCGCCAGAGCCCACUCACUCGCAAAGAAAGCGCUCCACCCACUGUCAGACACAAAGUACCUGAUACUCUGGAUUCAUCGCCCAGCAGUAGCAGCACUCCAGUCUCCGGCUGUAGUUCCCCAAAUGACAGUCUUCCCACUGAAAACGGGCUAGUGCCAUCUGCUGGCGGCCUCUCACACGAGGCACAGAAGCUGCUUCUCAGAGAUGGCACUCUGGCAAACUUCACCAUCCAGAGUCCUUCCACUCUGCCCACCAUUACACUGGGACUACCAGCCAAUGCCAGGGUUGAAGGUGAGCUUUCCCAUCUGAAGCUUAGUCGAGGGCCCCUGGUCACAGCCGGAGCUCCACAGGUGUUGUUGCCCCUAGGCAGAGAAGAUCAAGCUGGGCAGCUCAGCUCACGACUUCCUGUUAUCAUCUUGGAGCCUUCCGGAUUGGUACAUGCGCCACUACUCACUGUUCCAGGACUCGAAUCAGUCCCACUUCAAUUUUCCCCCCAUUUGGACCAACUGUCUCCAGGUGGCGCGCAGGCCCACAAGCCUCUCAGCAGAACACGUUCAGAGCCCCUCCCGCAGAGCCCAAGGACCCUUCACUCACAUCUACUCCAACAGCACCACAACACGCAACUACUAGAGCGAUUAAAACAGCAGACUCACCUUGGCAAGCUCAUGUCCAAGUCCAGUGAGAAGCCUAGACUGCAUCAGAUACCUUCGGAGGAUAUGGACUCUGAGGAUGGCGGGGGAACGUCGCCGUCAGAACCAGCCUAUCAGAGCAGAGUGAGGGAAGAUUCUCUGAGGGAGGUGGAGACGGCAACAUCCAGUAGUCAAGAGCAGAUCAACCUACAACAUGCACUCAUACUAAACCAGUCAUUACUUUGGGAACAGCAAAAACAGCUGCAGCAGUUGCAUCGACAAAUGGAGACCCUGGCGGUACCGAUUCUCCGUAGUGGUGGAGGCGGUGCGAUCUGCGGCACGUUGGGUAUACAUCGGCCUCUGUCACGAACACAGUCCUCCCCGGCUUCCACGUCUCUCACUUUGCCCGAAAAACCUCUUAACCUGACCGGGCAGGAGGCCAACAGUAAAUCCCGCUUCACUACUGGCCUGGUGUAUGAUUCUCAGAUGCUAAAGCAUCAGUGUGCCUGUGGAGACAACAGCAAUCACCCAGAGCAUGCUGGUAGAAUACAGAGCAUCUGGUCCCGGCUACAGGAGAGGGGCCUAAGGGGGCAAUGUGAGAGCAUUCGGGGUCGUAAGGCAACUUUGGAAGAGCUGCAGUCUGUCCAUACAGAGCGUCACGUCUUGCUUUACGGCACCAACCCGCUCAACAGGCUCAAACUGGACAACCGCAAACUGGCAGGAAUCCUUUCUCAAAGGAUGUUUGUCAUGUUACCAUGUGGAGGUGUAGGGGUUGACAAUGAUACCAUCUGGAAUGAGUCGCACACAUCAACAGCGUCACGCAUGGCGGCCGGCAGUGUUGUCGAGCUGGCUGUCAGAGUGGCCAAGGGUGAGCUCAAGAAUGGCUUUGCUGUGGUCAGACCACCAGGGCACCAUGCAGACCCGUCCAAUCCAAUGGGUUUCUGCUACUUUAAUUCAGUGGCUAUCGCUGCCAAACAGCUCCAACAGAAACUCAGUGUCAGCAAAAUCCUCAUUGUUGAUUGGGAUGUUCACCAUGGUAACGGGACCCAGGAAAUUUUCUACAGUGACCCAAGUGUCCUUUACAUGUCGCUGCAUCGCUAUGAUCAUGGCAACUUCUUUCCUGGAAGUGGCUCACCUGCUGAGGUUGGGUCUGGUGCUGGUGAGGGCUUCAACGUGAAUGUGGCAUGGACAGGGGGACUGGACCCUCCCAUGGGGGAUGCAGAGUACCUUGCUGCUUUUAGGACCGUGAUGAUGCCCAUCGCCAAGGAGUUUGCCCCAGAUGUCGUUCUGGUCUCCGCCGGGUUCGACGCUGCCGAGGGCAACCCCGCACCUCUUGGAGGGUACAAGGUCUCGGCCAAAUGUUUCAGCUUUCUGACUCGUCAGCUGAUGUCCCUAGCAGGGGGCCGUCUGGUUCUGUCCCUUGAGGGAGGUCAUGACCUCACAGCAAUCUGCGAUGCAUCGGAGGCUUGUGUCAGUGCACUUCUUGGUGCUCAGGACCCGCUGUCAGAAGAGGUCCUGCUCCAGAAACCGAAUGAUAAUGCUAUCCGCUCCCUGCAGACGGUCAUACAAAUCCAAAGCCAGUAUUGGCAGAGUGUGAAAGCUUACAGUGGCUCCGUGGGUCUGUCCUACCUGGCUGCUCAGAGACGAGACUGCGAAGAAACGGACGCUGUUAAUGCUCUGGCCUCGCUUUCUGUGGGAGUUCUUUCCAGCAAGAGCCUUCCAGAUGAGCCAAUGGAACAUGACAGCGGCACCAUGUGA